UGAAGGAACAUGCAUUAGCAGCAAGUGCUAUAAUAAAGAAGGACAUUAGUACAUUGGAAAGAUCAGAUAAAUUAACAGAUGUUAAUGCCAUCAAAUUGAAAAAGGAAUCUUUGAAACUGGAGGAACAUACUAAUUCAAAAUGGAGAUGUUGGGUGUGGAUUAUGAUAGCUUUUGUUUUGGUUAUAUUUUUUAAUAUGGUGCUAUUCAUGAAAGUGGUAAAGAAAAGAAUUUAGAUAUAACUAAGACCUUUUAAAAGCUUAUGUGUCAACAAGUAUGAAAUAUAUCUCUAUAGAGUGACUAACACAGCUGUGUGAGUCACUGGGUUGUUAUUAUGAUGAUAGGGGUUGUACACAAUCAUGAGUAUACUUGUAAAAACACCUACACCACCUAAAACAGCUUGGAAACCUGGCAAAGUAAAAGUGGUCAGGGCAUUAUGCAAGUAUACCGCACAGCAUACGAACGAAUUAUCAUUUGACGAAGGUGAUCUUCUUUAUGUGUAUGAUAAAGAUACAGAUCCCAAUUGGUGGACAGCUAAGUGUGGAGACCAAAAAGGCCUUGUGCCAGUCACAUAUGUCGAAGAGCAAACGCAAGAGAUUGAGUUACCUCUACACGAUGCCGCGAGACGUGGUAAUAUCUGCUUCCUAAGAGAAUAUCUAAAACAGGGUAUAUCGGGAACCGGUUUAGACGCAGCAGGAAAUACACCGUUAUAUUGGGCAGCGCGCACUGGUCAUGUGGAAUGCGCGAAGGAGCUCCUUAAUUUGCCAAAUCCUGCAGUAAAUGCUCAGAACAAAAUGGGCGAUACGCCGCUGCAUGUGGCGGCGAGUCAUGGGCAUUUGGAGAUAAUAAAUUUAUUGCUGGAACACAACGUGGACGCCACGUUGCGAAACAAGGACGGUUUUACUGCAGAGGAAUUAGCGUCCGACGCAUCCAUCAAAAAUAUGAUACAAUCACAGCAAGGUGGAUACGACGGUAGACACGAGUACAACGAUGAUGAUUACAAUAAUGACAGUGAUUAAAAAUUUUACGUACUCACCUAAUGGGAGCAAUUUAAACAUUCCUACUAUAAAAGUAUUAAGCGAUAACGCUAAUUUCUAAAGAUCUCUGGAGCAGUGUUCACAUUAAUGUUUAAGAACUAUUCUUUUAUAUUGUAUAAUCAUAAAGCGUUCUUCAUGUUUAUCACAUUGCGAGGAUAAAAUAAUUAAGAUUCUUGAUUUAACAAAAAAAAGUCAACAAAUAUAUUGUUAAUAAUGUGCAUUACAUUAUGGACAAUAUCGUAUAACGUCGUUAAUAUUAUUUUGCCGAACAUCCCAAAAUAAGAUAGGUUCGUAUAAAACAUAAUUAUAACAUUCGUACUGAAACUAGUUUAAUUACACUUUGAUUAAUCAGUUAAUAAUGCUAAUCAUCUAAUAUGAAAAAAUCAGUUUGAAACUAUAUUGUAAACUUGAAACGUACAAGACGAUUUAUGGAAAAAGACAAUGUAAACAUCUUUUCA